AAAAACAAAAGAUCGGAAAAUUAAAACCCUAAUUUCGCCCAGCUGAUCCUCUUUCAAUUGAAAGCAAACCGUGAUUCAAUCGAGCUGAGGAGACGCCGAAAAUGCUAGGUGGAUUGUACGGAGAUCUUCCUCCGCCUUCGGAUGAUGACAAACCCACCGGAAACUCCUCCUCCGUCUGGUCCAGCAGCACCAAGAUGGCUCCGCCUACCCUUCGCAAACCACCCGCUUUUGCUCCGACGCAAACUAUCAUCAGACCUCAGAACAAGCCCAAGCCUCCUCCUCCUCCUCCUCCUUCUUCCUCCCAGUCGGUUAUCACUCCGGCGGCAUCGCAACCGGCGUUGGUUGGCGUGACUUCAUCGGUGAUCGAAGAGUACGAUCCAGCUAGACCUAACGAUUACGAGGACUACAGGAGGGAGAAGAAGAAGAAAGCCAUGGAAGCUGAGAUGAAACGAGAGCUCGACAAGAGACGGCACGAGGAGGAGGAGAGAGAUAGAGAAAGGCAAGAGAGGGAGAAGGAGAGAGAAAGAGAUCGUUUUGAUCAGACUCCGCUGAAUAUCUCCGGCGAGGAAGCGUGGAAGAGACGCGCCGCCAUGAGCGGCGGCGGUGGGAAGCUUGGGAGAUCCUCUUCUCCGCCUGGGAACAACGGGUUUAGCAUGGGGACGUCGGAGACGAGCGGGUUGGGAGUUGGGGCGGGCGGGCAGAUGACGGCUGCGGAGAGGAUGAUGGCGAAGAUGGGGUGGAAACAAGGGCAAGGGCUUGGCAAGUCUGAGCAAGGGAUCACCACGCCCUUGAUGGCUAAGAAGACUGAUCGGAGAGCUGGUGUUAUUGUUAAUGCUAGUGAGAAGAAGGUCGUCAAGGGUGUGAGUAUCAGUGGAGAACCAACCACGGUCUUGCUUCUUAGAAACAUGGUUGGACCUGGAGAAGUAGACGAUGAGCUAGAAGAGGAGGUGGGAACGGAGUGUGGCAAAUACGGAACAGUGACUCGUGUACUGAUAUUCGAGAUCACUGAACCAAACUUCCCUACGCACGAAGCAGUGAGAAUCUUUGUUCAGUUUUCAAGGCCCGAGGAAACAACUAAAGCCCUUCUAGACCUCGAUGGGCGAUUCUUUGGAGGAAGGACAGUGCGUGCAACGUUCUACGAUGAAGUGAAAUUCAGUAAGAACGAGUUGGCUCCAGUACCGGGUGAAAUCCCUUAGUGUAUUAUUUUAUCAAGAUGAAUGUUUAAAGAGGGUCUAAGAAAUAUUCACCACACAUGAAAAAGUCUUGGAUGAUUUUGAUUUAAUAAAGAUUUCUAUAAUUA